AUGCGUUCAUCUGCCCCCAGCAAGUUUUCCCUUUUCUUCGCAACUGCCGCGGCAAUGCUUGCGGUCCCCACUCUCGUAGGAGCGAACCCCGCCGUGUCGCACCCCACUACCACGUCCAACCUGGUCGCACGUACAGGAUCGCUCAACCCCGUCGGCAUCCUCCUCAACACCUUUCAUCUCUCCAACCCAGUGCCUCAGACCAAUGCUCAGCGCAUGGCCCGUGGUCUCCCGCCCAACAGGCCGCGUUUCCAGCACUCUGCGAGGCGCAUCGCACCGAGAGCGUCCCCCGCUCCCGGCGCUUGCAACACACUGACGGGAACGCUCCAUGUCGCCGGCACGGGCAUCGACCCCAACACCUUCGUCUCCCGUGUUCCCAACCAGUACGGCGAGUACGGUGUCACAACCGACACUGGAGACGCACUGCGAGUGCAGUUCACGACUUGUAACACCGGCCUUCCCCUUGACCUGGUUACGCUGAACGGUAUCGCGGACUUCACUCUCCUCGGUGGUAUCACCGGCUAUGGCAGCUCGUCCUCGGACCUCACCACGGGCUCAGACAACUACGCGUACCUCGGCGGUACGACCCAGACCGCCCCGCAUGCUCAUCCCUCUGCGGGCGACAGCUCGUACUCCUUUGCGACGGGUAUGGCGGAGAACGAAGAGAGCGCAAUCUGGCAGGUCGACGCAGCGAGCGGCGCGGUCAUUGCCCGGUGGAUCAACAGCGAUGGCGGCGCACCUACGACAUACCUGGUGUACAAUACAGCGAACAACGUCAUCGUGCUCACCGCUGAUCCUGGCGCGUUCGCGGCAAACUUCGGACCCGGGCCUACUGUGACACUCACCUUUGUCGAGGGUUAA